CGUCGUCGUAGAAUAAAUCAACAUUCAACAUUAAAACAUUGUACAUUCAACCUCAAAUAGAUGAGAUCAUCGAAUCGCACGUAAAUAUGGCAACCGAGGAAAUUCAAUUCUCAGGGGUCUCUACAACAUCAGGGCUAUCCGUCGCAGAUAGACUCGACAACGAGAUCGCAAGUCUAAGGGACCAAGUCACAUCCCUAAAACGCGACCUCGCCCUGCAAACCGCCACCCUCCUAACCUCGCCCUCAACGCACCACCUCCUGCAGCAAGAAACCAGCGCGGCGAAGCGAUCGCGAUCAGCGCAGCAGAAGACCACCCACUCCCACUCCCGAACCCAAGACCUGCUCACCAAAGCCGACGAGCAAACCGCGCACCAGCAGCGGUGCCUAUACCGCGCCUGCGCGUCCGUGACCGCGUUCCGGGUGCGGGACCCGGACCCGCGGGCGGCGGACGGCGGCGCCGUGCUGGGCCUGCGCUUCGAGGUCAUGUACAAGGCGCGCUUCCUGCGGCCGUACUACGUCAUGCUGAACCGGCCGUACGCCGGGUCGCGGCGCCUGCGCGUGCACCGGCACACCGUGCCGCAGUGCAUACCGCUGCCGGGCCUGUCGGCGCGACAUCUACCACCACCACCUCCUCCUCCUUCUCCUUCGCGGACAGCCGAUGAUGAGGGGGAGGAGGACGAAGCGACGGGGAAGAAGCAGGACUUGCCGAUGUUCGUGCGCGCGCUGAGGCGUGAGCUGGUCCGGUACCAUAACCGGACCGCCGUGAUCGGCGACCUGCGCAGCGAGGCCGGGCUCGAGAAGAAGCCGCGGAAGGAGGGGGUCGAGGUCCCGAUCGUGGAUAUUAGCGCCGCGGACGCGCAGGCCAAGCAGAUCCGCGUCGAGUGGGGCGAUGGCAGGUCCGGGCGCUUGGUCAUUAGCGACGAUGGCGAUAUCGUCAAGAUGGUUGCUCAGGGGGAGAAUGGCCAGGAUCGCGAGGCUGUUAGACAGCUCCUUGGGGGCAGCGUGAGGGUUGAGGAGGUUGUUAGGCGGCUUGGUGAUGUUUGAGUACUUGUAGCUACGGUGGGAGUUGUUGCGGGGAUGUUGGUUGUCUGGGUAUAUCCUUGGAGACGUUGUGUCGCGCGACUGAGAACUUGGUGUGCGAGAUCUCUACUGGGUUCUUGAAUGGAAUUCGUUCGAUGACUACUUACCUUAAGCAGCUCUGGAGAAGACCAUGCACGCAAAUGCCAUGGUUCUAGGCGCGCCAUGUGAAACAUGAUUUGCCUUCUAUCAAUACCUAUAGCUACAACAAUGCAUACAUUGAAGAUUCUUUGGUCUAACGGGCUUAUAACGGGAUCGCUUUGUAACUCGGUUAGAUUUGGAGAUAGAACCUACGUUAGGUUCACUCGAUAAUAAGCUAGACAUCGUCGAGUAUAGCUAUAUAGGCGAACAGUCUAUAUACAUAAUUUCUCUUUCACUAGCCAACGACGAGGCGACACGACGAGAAGACGAUUUCGUAAUAAUGGUAGAAUUAAACAGUCGUGAUUGAUGCCGUCCCUCCUUAAUCGCCUGAUAUAAAAUCGCAAAUAGGCCGAGUUCCCAUCGUAUCCAACAAAAGCACCCGCAAUCUCGGAAAAGGGGGCAGGCUCGGUUAUUUUCAUUUCCAUACUAGCGCCAGAAGAUGCAAUAAAGCGAGCAACUACCAAAAGCCAAGGCAUACUAGUGGAGCGCGGCUGUUAUCUCUUAGCGUAGCCAUCCCCCCAGUUCCCAGUCC